AUGUUGGCCAACAAGUACAACACCGACACCUAUGGUUCGUCAGAGACAGAGCGUGCCCCUGACCACGUUUUGCCAGUGGCGCACUCCUCUCCCUCUCCUGUCAGUGCCCCUGUCGUUGCUCCUGAGCAAAAAGAUUCUAGGAACUCGUGGGAGGAAAACGACAGCGACGACGAGCCCUACCCCAUGGAUGCAUACGACUAUGACCGUGACGACGACGACGAAUCCGAGUCUGAAUCCGAAUCCAAGCAAGACAAUAACAACAAUAAGAAACAGCUCGACGAACAAUACCCCUCCUCCUCGCGCGACAGCAACAAGCCUAACGGAACAAAGACCUUUGACCAGCCCUCCGACGACGAAGAUCUUGCCAAAGCAGCUCCCAACCCCGACCUCUUCCGCGCGUCUGCUGUCAACUCACGGGCCUCCAUCAACUCUGGCCGAUCCUAUUCCAGCCAUACUAAGCACCACUCCUUUGGUUAUGGAGAUGAUAGACCUGAGGCCUCCGAAUCCGAGUCGGACUCGAGCUCAGAGUCCGAAUCCGAACAGGAUGGCACCUUUGUCAACGCAUCGUCUUCCCCCCCACCCCCGCCUAUCCCCACGGCAUCUCGUCCGGUGUCCAUCACAGCAUCCCCCAGAGUUCCUUCCGCCACAGUGUCACCCGUUACCUCAAAGUCAGCCGCCAAAGAGGAACAACAAAAGGAGGCACAGGAGGCGACAAAAAUACCACCAGUCUAUGAGGGCAUCAGUGCAUCAUCGCCACCAGCGUCACCCACUCUUUCCACAUUGACAGAUUCGAUCCCCAGCACAGCCGCUCCCACUAACCCUCAAACUCUAACCUCCCCAACCUCGACGUCGUCACUUGCGCCCUCCGACCAGACCCAUCGACCUUCUGGUUCUGAAAGUGAUACCUCAACUUCAUCCGUCGACCUUCGCUCUCCCUCGUCUGUGAAAGGACAUCUCAAGGCCAACAACCAGAGGCCAGGAAUGUUCCCUCGCUCGCUCUCCAACACAUCGUCCAGAGGUCUUCAAGACUCGCGGGCGUUAUCAUACUCGGAUUUGUCGGAUGCCGAAUUGAACGAAGUCUCGCUGGACGAGCCUGCAACUCAAGAGCCCAUUCGACGCAGCGCUACAAUUGCAACGCCUAGAGUACCCGUCACCUCUUCGAACGCAGGCUUCCCCUCCAGCUUCUUCGGAGGAAGACCUCAUCCCAAAUCGCACCAGUUCCAUCAGCAACAGUCCUCAGCCGGGCUCAACAGUCCGCAGGCUGCUGCACCACCUGUACCCCUGCCUUCUUCAGCGACACCACCAGAUAAUCGCCCAGGAAGUGCUCGUCAAGCAUCUAUUAGCUCUAUUGCCAGUUCUAUCUCAGGUGCAUUCAUGGGUCGCGGAUUCGGCGGCAACACCACCAACGGCAACACGGCUGCAUUGCCACCACCUCCAGCAACAUCAAGGACGCCUAGCAGGAUGAGCCAGAGAGGGUCCAAUGCUGGAAUGGUAAUCAACACGGGCAAUAACGGACUGGACCUGAGAUCGACAAGCAACAUUAGUCCCGAACGCGCUUCGACAUACUCGACCAUGACAACGGACUCGAACAUGGAUUUGCUGUUGGCGCGACUGGAAGCUCAGAACUCGGUCUUAGAGCAGGACCCCAAGAGACGCGCGACCAGCGAGACGUCGUCCGAGAUCGAUAGGGCUUUUGGACACGCCAAAGAAGAAUCCUCCAGCGAGGAUGUCGACUGGGAUUACUGGGGAUCGUUGAUGCACGACUACAAUGGAGUUGUCAAGAAGAACCCCAAGCAGUUGACGGUGAUGAUCCAGAAGGGAGUUCCUCAAGCAAUUCGAGGAUUGAUCUGGCAGCUCCUCGCUCAAGCUAAGGAUGCCCAGCUGGAGGCGACUUAUGCCGACCUACUCAAGGAGACCAGCUCACACGAGAAGCAGAUCCAGCGCGAUAUGAGUCGAACAUUCCCCAACCACGAGCACUUCCAGGCCGAGGGACUUGGUCAGGAAUCGCUGUUCAAUGUCGUCAAGGCCUACAGUCUCUACGAUGCCGAGGUCGGCUAUUGUCAAGGACUGAGCUUUGUCGUGGGUCCUCUUCUUUUGAAUAUGCCAGACGAGGAGGCCUUCUGUGUGCUGGUCAAGAUGAUGAGCUCGUACGACAUGCGUGGACACUUUACGCCGGACAUGAACAUGCUUCAGCUUCGACUGUACCAGUUUGAGCAAUUGAUGGAGGAGACGGUACCCCUGAUUCACAAGCAUUUUCUCAACCAAGGAAUCCGGUCGACCAUGUACGCAUCUCAGUGGUUCAUGACGCUGUUUGCGUACAAGUUCCCUCUUGAUCUGGUGUUUAGGAUCUACGACACCUUGCUGGUUGAGGGUGUUGAGUCCCUGUUGCGAUUUGCGAUUGCGUUGCUUAAGGCUAACCACGACCAGAUUCUGAACCACGAAUUUGAGACCUUGAUUGAAUUCCUUAAGAAUGGCCUCUUUGAGCCCUACAUGAACGACCCGAGUGUGUUUGUGAAGGAUGCGUAUAAUGUCAAGGUGACGCCCAAGAAGCUGACCCAGUACACGCAAAAGUACCAGGCAAUGAUCCAACGACAACAGGCCGAACUGGCAGCCGAGGAAUCGCUCCGGGAAUCAAACCGCCAACUAUCGCUGCAUGUCCGUCGACUGGAAGGAUCGUUACACACGCUGAACAAGGAGCAUGUGGAGCUGGCCAAGGAACUGAUCUCGCGUAAAGUUGAGAUGGCGCAACUCCAGGACCAGAACGACGUGUUGCUCCAGAAGGUGUCUGACCUGACUCGGAUGGUCGAUGCUCAGGGCAAGGAAGUCGAGGACCGGUACAAGGAUGAGAUCCAGGCGGUGAUGGAGAAGAAUGUGGAGCUUGUGAGGAAGAACGAACAGGCGGACGAGCAGUGCGGUUUCUUGGAGAGCUUGUUGAUCGAUACCAAGAUGAAGUAUGCGGAGAGCGAGAAUGAGCGGGAAGGCCUGGCCAGGAAGUUGAGUGACCUGAAGAAAGCCCUUGGCGUUGCAUAG